AUGCAUAUUUAUUUACCACAAACUCUUAAUAAUUUUGCAGAUGAAUUCAUUGGUUUAGAAAGGUUUUUGAAGUUAAGCGGUUUACUUGUAAGUUUAUCUUCAGGACAAUUUGGAAAUUCGGUUGAUAACGUUGGAAUAAUUGCAUCUGCUGAUUGGAAUGCUUUUAAUAUG